CGAAUUAUGUUGCUGCUGUAAACAACUUCAGAGUCCCCAAUUAAAUAACCAUAGUCUAUACGUGGGAGCUCUGGACUCUAGUGUUCUUUAGUUAUAGGAGAAGCUUAAUGUCAGCAAUAUGGGGCAUCAGGUGAUAAUAUUUGACUUUUCUGCCAUAAGAGGCUUGUGGGAAAUUCGAGUAAAGAAGCACAAAGACCGGCAAAAGAAAGAGAAGGAAAGAUUAGAAAAAAGCUCAUUAGAGAAGAUAAAGGAAGAAUGGAACUUUAUGCUAGAAUGCAGAAAGAAAGGAAUUCCACAAUCCAAAUACUUAAAGAAUGGUUUUGUAGAUACCAGUAUGGAGAUUUUGGAUAAAAUGGAAAAGAACUCUCAGCUCCGUAAGAAGCGUGCUUUGUCAGAUGCAGCAGACAAAGAAAGAAGCAAAUAUAUUUUUCAACUUUCUGGUGAGCACUGGACGGAAUUCCCAGAUUCAUUGAAGGAACAGACACAUCUGAAAGAAUGGCAUAUAAAUAACACAAAGAUACAAACCAUUCCAGCUUACAUUGCCUUGUUUCAGGAGCUGAAAGUCUUGGAGUUAUCAAAAAACCAGAUCACGCAUCUCCCAGUUGAAAUUGGGUGUUUAAAAAAACUCAAGGAACUCAAUGUGAGUUUUAAUAAUUUGAAAAGUAUCCCUCCAGAACUGGGAAACUGUGAGAAUCUGGAAAAACUGGAUUUAUCUGGAAAUCUAGAAAUAAUGGAGCUCCCAUUUGAACUAAGUAACUUGAAGCAAGUCACAUUUGUGGAUGUUUCAGCAAACAAGUUCCCAUCUAUUCCCAUUUGUGUGCUCCGCAUGUCACACUUGCUGUGGUUGGAUAUGAGCAGCAACAACCUGAAAGAUCUCCCACAAGAUAUAGACAGGCUAGAUCAACUUCAAACGCUUCUCCUGCACAGGAACAGGCUGACUUAUCUUCCACAGGCUUUGAUCAAUAUGAAAAAACUCAGUAUGCUGGUAGUCAGCGGUGAAGAGUUGGUUGAGAUGCCCACAGCUAUUUGUGAAUCAACCACAGGUUUAAAAUUUAUAAGCCUCAAGGAUAACCAUUAUGAAACAGUCCCAUGUCAAGAAACUGAAGAAAUAGAAAGUGAACGUGAUCGGGAAAAAUUUGAGAAAGAAUUUAUGAAAACCUACAUUGAAGAUCUGAAGGAAAGAGAUUCUGUUCCUGCUUAUACUACUAAGAUAUCAUUUAGACUCCAGCUGUGAAGAUCUGAAUUUUCGAAUCACUGGCAAAUACCAGAACCCCCCCCCCCCACACUAUUACUGCCCCCAAUCAGCUGAUUGGUGGCCAGCUCCAGAGGCUUGAACUAGCUUGGAGGGUACCUGGAGCAAACAUCAAAAUGGCAAACAUCAAAAACAUAGACUGAAAUAUAAGCCUUCUAAAAAUAUUCAUAGAAUUUCUUGUUUGUUACCAAAUUUGCUUUCAACAGGUAUAGACAAAAUGCAAGAACUGAAUAGUUUUCAUCAGAAGCUAUGUCACUUUUCAAAUCAUUAGCAACUUUUUAAAUCAAUGGCAUCAGAUUAGGCCCUUUUAGCCUGCAAACAAACUUUAGCUUAAUUUUACAGCUGGGAGUAAUACUAGUGAAAUCAAGGGGGCUAUUCUUGGUAGUCAAAAUACACUGUGCAUGUGUGUUUGCAGGAUCAGAGUGUUACUCAAUGGGUGCAUCUA